AUGACCAAGACUGGACAUUUUACAAGGUUACUAUCAUCGGAUAGUGAAUCGUCAUUUUCUCAAGCUCCAGCUAUUCCUUUGCAAGCAAUUAUAACUUCUCCCGAUCCUAUAAUAAAUGCAAACCCGAAUACCUCACCUAAUGUGGACGUAUUUGCACCAGUUUCACCUAUCACAGUUGGUAUGAAUGAAGAAUGGCCUCUUACCGAAAUACCACAAGAACUUAGAGAACCCGAUGAUGAUUAUGAUUCCACAGCGGCACAUAAUACGGAAGCAAAUUCAAUGCGUACCGAUUGGAAAAGAGAAUUAUUUUUACUAUUAGAAGAUCCUUCUUCGAGUAAUGCCGCAUUUUUGGUCAAUGUAUUUGUUUCCGUUUCUAUAGUAUUUAGUGCAAUAUUAACAACUGUGGAAACAAUUCCCGCUUUUAGAUCAACUUCGAGUUCAGUUUGGUUUGAUUUUGAAACCACAAUAGUCGCAAUCUUUACAGUUGAAUAUGUAUUACGAUUAAUUGCUCAUUCCGAUUCACUUAAACAAUUAUGGCCAUUUAAAUAUUCAUCAACAAUAAUUAUGACGAUAGAAGUUAUGAUCGUUGCAGUUAAAAGAAGUAUGGAUGCUUUGGGUGCAUUGUUUUUCUUUAUGGUUACAAGUGUAGUAUUAUUUUCUACUUUAUUAUAUUUCGCUGAACGUGAUAAACAAAUCUUUGUAGAUAAUAAAGGAUUUCCGAGUGCUUUCGACAGUAUUCCUUCAGCCUUUUGGUUUGUUAUGGUUACUAUUACGACAACGGGGGAUAUGGUUCCUACAACAUUUGUGGGUAAAUUAAUAGCUUUUCCUGCUAUGAUGUGUGGAAUUCUGCUUAUUGCAUUACCUUCAAUUAUUGUGGGAAGAAAUUUUACUUUAGUUUGGGAAGCGAUGCGACAAUAUCGUCGAACUAAUCCACCUGCUACACGAGAACAAAACAAUAGUGAAUGUGCAUCUGAAGAAGAAGGACCAGAUUUACGAGCAAGUUUUGAGAGUGCACAUUCUUACGCAUCACACAUUCCUCCUCGAGGAUAUUCAUCCAUGAGUGAUGAAUUGGUAGCCAAUCAAGAUGUAAUGUUAGAACAAGUACGAAAUUUGAUAAAAAUAUCUCAUCAAAAUCAAGCUGCUUUGGAAAGAAUUCUAGUGACACUAGAACAAAAUGGAAUUAAAUAUAAUCCUACCAUGACACCACCACAAAAUAAUAUGAAAUCAAACAUUUCUACAUCAAAUAUUUCUUCAUCCGAUACUAAUGACGGUUUUCCAAUAACCAUGCCUGAGAAAAGUGCUUCAGGAACUUAA